AUGUUUAAGGGUCUGCGAGAGGGCCUGGCGCUGGGCCAGUGGCGCCGCGGGGGCCCGCUGUACAGCAAGCACAUUGGUCGCGUUCAAUCUGACGCUUCUGGCAACAAUCAUAUUGUGGUCGGCACAAGCCCUCGCGGUGCCCAUGCACAGCAGACAAGGCCAGAGUAUUGCAUACUUUUGGGCGCCCAGCAGGGAACGGGAACAGCAGGAGCCAAAGCCGAGCAACAGCAGCAGCAGCAGCAGCAGCAGCAACCAAAACAACAUACUUCAGAAAAUCUGUCGGACAUGCCAGAACGGCAGCAGCAUCCAGAGAACGGAAGCAUAUCGCAAACAUAUUGGAAGCGCCGCAAGUGGAAACACAGCCAGUGGAAACGCGUCAAGUGUAUAUACAGCCAGAGCAAAGUGUUGCCCAAACAUAAUUCGCUGCCAGCCGCAAAUUUGCCUAAUAAAUUACCAACAACAACAACCGGGACACAAACAGAAACACGCGUCUAUCCCGCGCCCGCGCCCGCUCCACCUCCUCCGCCUCCUCCUGGUCGUCGUCGUCGUCGUCAACAUCGUCGCGCCGCGUCGCACUCGACUGACGUUGGCGUCGCCGCCGUUGCCCCUGCCACGGCAUUCGGCUCGCCCGCGUCCAUGUUUCUGCCAUAUCAAAUUAAUCAACGUGCUACAUUGUUGCAGGCAACUAAAACAGCAACGGCAACGGCAACAAUUGCAACGCCUCAUGUGCCAAGAGCAACAACAGCAACAACAGCAACAACAGCAACAGCAACAACAGCAACAACACGCAACACUCUGCAUGCUGCGCAUCGAAUUUUUAAUCGUGAUAUAGUCCGAACAGCGACCACCGCAUCACCUUUGACAUCACAACAACAACAACAACAUAAACAACAACAACAACCAGCAACAUCGACAACAUCAACAUCGACAACAACAACAACAGCACGAGUCGAAUUCAUACUCUAUACGGAGAUAUACGAAGAGAAUUCACAUUUCGAUACGAAUUUCGUUACGGAUUUAGCGGAAAAAACGCCCAGCAAAAGCUUUUGGCAGAAAUACGGCAACGUUCUGUUGAUCGCCAUUGGUGUAGCCGUGUGUUUAGUGUGUGGCAGCGUGCUGGUCACUGUGAUUACACUGCGACGCAGCAGCAGCUCCACGGCAGCGGCGUCAGCAGCGGCAACAACAACGCACCGUAUACGGCACAAACAACGCGCGUCGCAGCGACGGCGCAGCAACAGCAACAGCAGCAGCAGCAACAACGGCGGCUGUGGUCGUAAUAUUGGGCAUAAAAGUGCGACGGGCAACGAGACUGCCUUUGCUCUGGCCCUUCCACUGACGCAGACAGCAGCAGCAGCAGCAGCAGCACAAGCGAAUUCAGCGGCAGCAGCAACAACAACACCAGCACCAACAGCAGCAGAAGCAGCAGCGCCAGCAGCAGCAACAACAACAACAGCAACACUUUUGUCAACCGAGCCGGAACAUUCUGUACCCAUGCUAUCGGUACAGACGGCCGGCUGCGCGGGAAUGGAGCGGCUUGGCGUUCCGACCCGCACAUCAUUGAGCACACCACCCGAUGACAGGGAUCAAUUUAGAUGUAGAAUGCGCGUUGAUGCGCUCCAAGCACGUGAGCUGCUGGCCGUGCAUGGCGAAACUGUGAUUCGUAACAACAGCAGCAACAAUCAGCAGCAGCAGCAGCAGCAGCAACAACAUCACAACAAUAAGCAACAACAUUCCCACCAUCAACUACAACAACAACAACAGCAACAACAUUAUCUGUACCAACAGCAGCAGCAACAACAACGCAUGACAACUCCGCCCAGCGGCAGCGGCAACAAUAAUAACAACAACAACAACACGCAUAGUAUUAACAAUUUUGUGGCACGCGGUGGCAUUGAGGCAACCACGUUGAAGUACGGCAACACGGGCAGCGGGAGCUUUAAGAGCGAUCUGAGCAGCACAUCGUGCACAUCGACAUCCUCGUGCAGCUCGCUGAACAGCCACAGUGCCGAUCAUCAUCAACAUUACCAAUAUCAGCUGCAGCAGCAGAGGACGCCGCGCUGCCCACAUCAUGUACCACUGCCGGACAGCGAGUACGGACAGGAUCGUCAUCUGCAAAUACGCAGCAGCUACCAGCAAUCGGAAAUCACACGCUCCUAUACAAAGCCGCCGCCCAACAAAACCGUACGCGAUGUGCCCGAACAGAUAUGCGCCGCCAACGCCAGUUAUCGCCUGGCAGCAGCUAAUAGCUGCGCUGCUGCCGCCGCCGCCGCUGCUGCUGCUGCCUCCAAUUCAGCCACCUCACCUGCCGCUUAUGCGCUGGCAGCAGCUGCCGCAACAAAAUCAAAACCGAAUGCCAUCACAAAGUUCUUCUCACGCAUCAGUUCGCCCAAGUCGCCCACGUCGCUGGCGACGGGCUCGGGUGCAGCAGCAGCAGCAGCAUCAGGGGCUGGGGCAACGGCAGUUAUUGUUGCCACGCCCACAACAAUGGGCAGCUCAUCGUUAGCGUCAUCAGCGUCCAUGUCAUCGUCGGCCUCAUCGCUGGCCUCGUCCGCGGGCAUGCCCGCCUGUGUCUCACCAUCCUCAUCGGCCUCAUCGCUGGCAGCGGCACCGUUGACCGCCCUGCCCAUUGCCAAUGCGGCGACACUUAAGAGCACCGCCUGCAGCUUUGGCAGCACAGCGGCGGCGGCGCCGGCGACGGCGACGGGGAGCCUUGCCGAGCAGGAGCAGCAGGAUGAGACGACGCAAUAAUUCCAUGUUGGAGCCGUAACAGAUUCGUACACGAUCUGUCCAAGAACUUCGCGCUGGCACGAAAAGACUGUUUAUUAGUCAGAAUUUAAUUUGUAAACGAUGAGAGGAGACACACACACUACACACACACACACACACCCCACACACACCCCACACACACACACACACACACGCAGAGACACAGACACAAUUUAGUUUUGUACUAAGGACUCGGUUGGAGAGAUCAUUUCCAUUGUCGCAUGCUAAAAUAUUUAUACAUAAAAAAAAGAAAGAAAAACAAAAAAUUGAGACAGAUAAUACACAUAUAUAGAGAACAUAACGGUACAUAUUGUAUUUUGUUUUAGUUUGAAUAUAUAACUAUAUAGUUUUUAACACACACACAGAGAAAGAAAGCAAACAAAUUCUAUCUAUACUCUAUCUACCCACCACCAAAUCAAUCAGCCAACCUAUGAUUAUAUAAACACACUUCUAUAUAGACAUAUAUAUAUAGUUAUAUAUUGUAUUUGUAUGAUGGCCCCAAUGUGCUGGAACACACGCAACUUUUUUUUAGUUCAAUUCAAAUUGAUAUAUAUCUAUUAAAAUAUAUAUAUAUAUAUAUGCAUAUAUAUCUAAUAUUUGUAUUAACCAGUUAAAUUUGUAUAUAGUUAAAAGCGAGGUGUAUGGAAAAAUGGAAAAUUGAACGAAAUGGAAAAUCUUAGCGAAAUUUGAAUUAUUGUUUGAAAAUUGAAUUAAAUUGAAUUCCCCUUGCCGUAUUAUGUGUUCAAGCACCGUAA